GCCGGGGCCGGAGGAGGAGCCGCGCCGCGGCGGGAGCCCCGCGGAGCCGCCGGGCGAUCGCGGCCGCACCGAGGCGCAACAGGCGGGGCGGGGGGCGGCGGCGGCGGGCGGAUGGCGGCAGGCGGCGGCGGCGCCGCCCGCUGAAGGCGAGGGGCCGCGGCGGGCGGUGGGCGGCGGGGCAGAGCGGGCGCGAUGCGGGCGGAGGAGCCGCCGGCGCUGGCGGCCCCGCGGGCGGGCGGCGGCGAGGCGGAGGCGGAGGCGCCGGGCGAGGAGCGGAGCGGCGGCAGCUGCUGCAGCAGCGAGCGGCUGGUGAUCAACAUCUCGGGGCUGCGCUUCGAGACGCAGCUGCGGACCCUCUCCAUCUUCCCCGACACGCUGCUGGGAGACCCCAGCCGACGGGUGCGCUACUUCGACCCCCUCCGCAACGAGUACUUCUUCGACCGCAACCGGCCCAGCUUCGACGCCAUCCUCUACUACUACCAGUCUGGGGGGCGGCUCCGCCGGCCGGUCCAUGUGCCCCUCGACAUCUUCCUGGAGGAGAUCCGCUUCUACCAGCUGGGCCAAGAGGCCAUCGAGACCUUCCGGGAGGACGAGGGCUUCAUUCAAGAGGAGGAGAAGCCCCUGCCCCAGCACCACUUCCAGCGCCAGGUCUGGCUGCUCUUUGAAUACCCCGAGAGCUCUGGGCCAGCCCGGGCCAUUGCCAUUGUCUCCGUGCUGGUCAUCCUCAUCUCCAUUGUCAUCUUCUGCCUGGAGACACUGCCUGAGUUUCGCCAGGAGCCCAAGGGUGCCCAGCCUGGCUUUGGGGAGGUGACGCUGCCUGGCGAUGAGGCCCUGCUGCCGCCACUGCCACCGCCAAGUGGGACUCCGCCACCCCUGCGCCCCGCCACCGGCGCCGGCCCCUUCUUCACUGACCCCUUCUUUCUCAUCGAAACCCUGUGCAUCAUCUGGUUCUCGUUUGAGCUCCUUGUCCGCUUCUUUGCCUGCCCCAGCAAGCCUGAGUUCUCCCGCAAUAUCAUGAACAUCAUCGACAUUGUGGCCAUCAUCCCCUACUUCAUCACCCUGGGCACUGAGCUGGCCCAACAGCAGCAGCAGAAGCAGCAGCCCGGGAGCAGCAGCAACAAUGGGGGCCAGCAGCAAGCCAUGUCCCUGGCCAUCCUCAGAGUUAUCCGGCUGGUCAGAGUCUUCAGGAUCUUCAAGCUCUCCAGGCACUCCAAAGGGCUGCAGAUCUUGGGGAAGACUCUCCAGGCCAGCAUGAGGGAACUGGGCCUCCUCAUCUUCUUCCUUUUCAUUGGGGUCAUCCUCUUCUCCAGUGCUGUCUACUUUGCAGAGACUGAUGACCCCGACUCCCUAUUCACCAGCAUCCCUGAUGCUUUUUGGUGGGCGGUGGUGUCCAUGACCACCGUGGGCUAUGGGGACAUGUAUCCCAUGACAAUUGGUGGCAAGAUUGUGGGCUCCUUGUGUGCCAUUGCAGGUGUGCUCACCAUUGCCCUCCCUGUCCCUGUCAUUGUGUCCAACUUCAACUACUUCUACCACCGAGAGACUGAUCAUGAAGAGCAGUGCCAGUAUACCCAUGUCACCUGCGGCCAGCAGCAGUCACCUUUUUCUGAGCCCAAGAAGGGGGACAGUAAUCAGUCUCUCAGCAAAUCUGAAUUCCUGGAAGCAGAAGACCUGGAGUCCAUGAAAUAUUCCAACUUCAUUCCUCCCAACAACCAGAGCUAUAAAGAGAAGAAAAUGCUGACAGAGGUGUGAUUGGUUUUGUUACCCUGGGUCCAGACACGGAGCUGCAAGCUGCUGCACAGCCGUCUUCCCACAAGCAGCUGGAUCUAUUCAGCAUUCACAUGCCAGACUGUGAAUUGUGAUACCGUAAACAGAAUGAUUGUGAUAAUGGGCUCUUCUGUCCUGAUUUGCUGUUCCUCAUUACUGUGUGCAGCCAGAAACUUGCUUUAUUCCAUGGCAUACUGUCACCCCCCACUCCCCUGUGAAUUUCUUUCUGUUUUUGAAGACUGCUUUAAUCCAAUAUUUGCUCUGAAACCUAGCCUUUCUACUCUACUAGCAGAGAAGCCCUUGCCACUUCUUCAGCUGAAGGAUUCGGCAGGGAGUAAACAGUUAAAGGGGCUACAAACAUCUGGCUCAAGCUGUGCCCUUAGUUCCUGUGCCAGCGCAGUGCCCUUGGCUGUGGGAUCAGUCACGCCUGCCAUGCCAUUGCCUUUGAAUAAUGGAAACGCUGUAGCCAGCAUCACAGUGAGUUCUGUAUGGGAAAGUCAGCAAGCAGAUGCCUGCCUUCUUUGCAACCCUUGGCAUGCUAAAGAUCCUCUUGGUUUGUGUUUCAGAAAAGGUGCAUAGAUCUGACAGCUCUUUGCUGCUUGUGACCAUAUACUAUUUAUCAAAAACAGGCUUAAAGGAGUCAACAGGCUUGGUGAAGAUUCUCUAUGUUUUGAGCUUAUUUCAGCCUUAUUUAUGCCAGAGCCCUGAUGGUAAUUGGCUUUUAUAGUACCAACUUAAUCUUCAUAGUGGUAAGUGCCUUCUGAUGCAAGGCACAUUUGAGUAAAUUAAUUUGUUAUCUCUGCAGUUUGUCUCUGCACAAUAGCGUUUAAUGAGAUGUACUUUAUGCUUCAGAUAUCCAGUUCUGUAUUCAGGCAUGUGAGAGCAAUUGACUCCACUGCUUUUUUACUGAAGCGUUUGUAUGGCUGAGGGAAGUUUGCAUGUUGGUAUUUUGUUGACAUUGCUGAAAAACCAGGACCACAGACAGCUGCACCUGCGCUGUCUGAAGAUUGCACUGAUUUAGCAGGUCACAGGCAUAAAUUACCCCAGGGUAAGUGUGUCAACAUUUGAGAUUGAGAUUGGCAUGGAUACAAACUUCCCUAAGCCAUUGGUACAAACCCAACAGCAUACCCCAGACCUUUCAAAUGAGGGGAGAAACAGCUAGCCUUGAAGAGAUUCUUUUGCUAUAGCACUGAUCUAGCCAGUUCUUGGUAUUUCAUGGAUAGAAGGCACAGCAAUGUCUUCUGCAUGCACUAGGUUUUGUGAGAGCAACUUAGCUAGCAAUGCAAAAUGCAUAGCUUGGCCUGUAGUGCUGGGUUUGCCAGGGGACCAGAGAUUUGCAUCUUAAUAUGCACAUUUUGCUUCCCAGAUAUUUUUUUUUAAUCAGCCCUGCCUUACACCCAACUUUAAAAUGCUUCAAAUGCUGCCAGUGGGUAAGAAGGGGAAAUGGAUGCUUUCAGAUUCUAUUGGUAAAUUUUCUUGCAAGGAAAAGUCUUGUUUUAAAUCUAACUGUAUAUUCUGCAUUCACAUGUGUGCAUGUGUAUGAAAGCAAAGGCAGCCAUUAAUGCCUUGCAUCAUACUGUAUGAUAUGCAUAUUAGAAUGUACUACAUAUUGCAUGUGACACAUGUAAUACAUAAACCAGACAUAAUAUCAAGAUGCAAAAUAUAUAGAAUACAUUUUAUGUAUAUGUAUUUAUUAUGCUUUUCAACCAUAAGGCUAAGAAUGCUAAAGGCAUAUACAUUAAUAUAGUCGGAGUUGACUAUAGAACUAGUUGUGAGAUGAGGUCUGUUUGCAUCUUCGUUACCCUGCUUGUUUUUCUUGUCUUGAGCUCUGACUCCAUGCCUAGAGUGUUUUAUUGUGGCCUCUUCUCAUCUGGGCCCUGACCAUAUGGUAGAAGUUGUUUGUGUAAAUCCUAACUGCUGCAUUUCCCCAGAGUCCCGUUGUCUUCUCAAAGGUUUUUAAUGCACAGGGAUCUCCCUUGGGGUCAGCGCACAACCAUUAUAUUAAAACCUCUCUUCUCUCUCUCGCUGAAGUCAGUAGCAAAAUGCCACUUGUCUCGGUUACUGCAGGUCAGUCUGGGACACACAAGUGUGUUGUGGUGGGGGUCUAUAGCUGAGAGGAGUUUGCCUGAAUACGUAGGUGCCUAAUUCGUUUUUGGUUCAUCGGGACUGAGGCAAAUGUCCGUGAAGGUCUGGGCCUUGGGAGCCAUUCUGCAUCCCUUGAAGCAUGUAACCAGCCAGUGGGUAAGUAAUCCCAGUGAAUCUCAGUGGGACUGAGGAAGGAUCAGCACAGUGGCACCUCUGUUGAUUUUGUGUAAAAAGCUGUCUUGGUCAUUGAGUUAAUUCAGUAAAAAGCUUUGUUGUUCUUAGUUGUGUUUCAGGAUCACCAUAACGAAAUCUUUCCCGUGAGUGCAAGAGGGUGACUUUUCUUCAAAUUUUAUGUUGCUCUAGCAGAUGCACUAGAAACUAGCAAAAGAACCUGCUAUUUAAGAGGGUUGUUUCAAGGCUGCUGCUGUCUUCUAGCAGGAUGCCCAUGUUUGGGGUUAUUUUAUGCCUGAGUGUAUCAGCUGAUAAAAGUUUCCCCAAAGUAAGAUAUAAAAAACUCAGGUUAAGCACAGGAGGAGGCAUGAGACACACUCAGCCUACGUCAGAAAAUUCCUGUGCUUGUUUCUUCCCUUGGGCCUGACCCCAUUGCCCCUGCCAGGCAGGAGCCCUCCCUGCUCAGAACAGGUUGUUCUCCCAACCAGCAUGACAGACAGCCGGGCAUGGAGACUCUGGCAAAAAAAAGAUGUGAGGCAAAUUACUGGUAGCAUAAUCCCAAUGUGUCCUAUACAGAUGCUUUUGUAAAGAGAUUUCCUGCUCACAGGUGAAAUUCAGCAGUGAGUUUCUAGCUGGAGUGUUAUCUGCACACAAACACGUGCACACACAUGCAUACGCAAAAUACCGGUGUGAAGGAACUUUGUUGCAAACAGACAGCUUUGUGCGGUUUUUUGCAAUGCACGUUUUUCAGUUCUGAAAAGAAAGUGCAAAUGAAAAUGUGUGAAACAGGAGUGGUGUUUGCUCCCUGGGUUUUCUGUGUCAGAGCUAAAAGAAAUACAAAAAGCCAACAGAAGCUUAGCCCAGAGUCAUCAAUAACACUAUAUAUUAUGGAACUUCUGGAAUUUGACAUUUUUAUUAAGGAGCCUUUGGAAUUUUUUCAAGUGACUGAAGUGACAUAGUGGCACCCGUGCCAUUGACUGUACAGAGGACUCACGUCACUGAAUCACAAGAGAUGCUUUCAAAAAUCUUACCUCAAGUUCUCAGCUCUUAGCACUCACUCCUGGAUAUUCAAAAUACAAAUCUGUCUGCCUGUCUAUUUCCUUCUGAAGGCAUAGCGCAUCCUCAUGAAGCAAAGUAGGCACCUCCAGGGACUUGUUUCCAUAACAACCUCCCAGACUGUUUCUCUCUACCCUGUGACUUUGGCUACAAGCAAAACCACUCGUUGAAUAUUUUCAGUUCUCAGAUUAUAGUACCUUAUCUUUACAGCUGUUUUCUUUGCUUACUGAAGAUGAACCCAUCACCUUAUAUCAUGUACAAGUGUCCUGUCCGACUCCAGACAGAUAGUUAUCAGCAUUUGAAAACAGAGAGUGCAAAAGCAGGAGAUGGAAAGUGAUUCUAUCUGUAUAUCCUUGCACACAGAGAGGUGGGGAGUGUGUGAAGGACAUUAUGAGCACUCACAGUCAAGGAGCUGAGGGGCAACUGGCCUGUGAAUCCAACUUCUGGGUGCUCUGACAAGGAAUACGGGCUAAAGCAUUGCAUUAAAAAACCAGAAACUCCACUUUCAACAGUCUCAGUAGGGAAGAGUUUUGCUGUGGAAGAGACUAUUGCUCCUUCCUGAACACUUGGCUGUUCUGUGACAAUUGGUUUCCCAAAUGAUUUUCCCACAGGAUGUUUUGCACCAAGUAAGGACAGGGCAGAAAUCAUCUUGUUGGAGGUGGGGAAGGAAGGAAAGGAAGAAUUUUACUGACACCUUUUUUUAUCCGCAACUCAUCAACCACAUAAAAGUUUGUAAGCGUGAAAGGCAUGAGGCAGUUUUGCGAUAUUUCAAAGUCUACAUUACUGGUGGAUUCCUGCACUUACCUCCAAGAUAAAAUUCCUGUUCUGCUCCUGUUUGGAAAAUGUUGCAGUUUUGGAUUUUUGAGCAAUUCUCUGGUUUGGCCCUGUUCUGUUUGAUCCAGCUUUCAUGGAUAAAAAUUCACUGCUACAGCAGCUGUGGGGGUGAAGAUCACUGGUGUCCUUUCCUAGGCCCUCUCGUUCAGCCUACAGAGAUCCCUAUGGAGAUAAAGAAAAAUGAGUAUAAAGGAAAUUCAGGGCAGCAAGAGACAGGGUAAGGACUGAAGUGUCUUCCAUACUGUGAUGGAAAGAACAGCAUCAUCCUUAAAAGCAAAGGAACAAACAGCUCCAGCAUCUGCUGCUAUAGCAGAAGUAGGUCCUGUUUACAUCAGGGAAAGAUCUGCAGAUUACAGCAGGAGUUACCACAGCUUUCCCAAAAGCUCUCAUCUGACUUGAGUCCAAGCUGGAUUCUGGAUGCUGCAAGUCUGUCAUGUCAGGAUGCGGCAAAAGAGGCUGUUGCAUCUUCUUACUGUAGAGUUGGUGGAGUUUCCUUGUGUGCAGGGAAUACAACAUUUAUGAACUGGAAACUGGUUUCCUUGCUUUGCGGUUUUCUUGUUGCUAGUGUUUUUAAAGGGUUUAACACUCUUAGUUCUAGGAAACUGAAACUAGAUGUGAACAGGGAUUGGAGGGAGGAGGCAGGGAGAAUCCCAUACAAGAUUCAAAUGUGUCUCAUUUCUGGGAAAACUAAAUGAAGCAGGAUUCAUUUUCCAGUGGCUAAAUAGCAGCAAUUUAUGAGCUGUUGAUCAAAAGCCCCAGACAAGCACUAAGUCCCAUGGGAAGCUGGAAAUGGACACAUGGCACCUCCAGAAGACUCUGUUACUGAAACUUAUUUUAAACCUUUUUUCAAGUGGAAGAUCAAGUCCUGGCAAAUGCGUGAAGUCAGCCCUUAGAAGAGCAAAUAGCUUUUUCUAGAGAAUUGAACAAGUGGCCAAAGUUUGUCCAUUUGUCUGCCUGUCUUUUGGCCCUGGAUUACCAUGCUUUUUAAAACUGUGUCUUCAUAACUUGGAUGAAUGGUAGAUGUUUCACAUAGCUCUACAAGUAGUAAUCAUCCUGUUCAUACAUAAUAUCUGAUAUCUAAGGGAUGGGCCCAAACCAGAGGUAUUUCUUAUUUACCUAUGAAGUGUCUUGCUUUAGCGUAUGUACAGUCAAUUCUUGUUGUGAACAUGUGAGUCCAUUGCCUGCUCUAAAGGAGGUAGUGACUUAGUUUCAGUGUCUGUAGAGAGUUUCACUGAAAUAACACUGUCCGUAGUCUUUCAUGUGAUUUAGAAGGUACAAUAGCCACAUAGUUCUGAAAAUGUAAUAUAACUGUAUGCAGCAUUCCCAGAAAAUGCUCUGAAGUCUUCUCCCAUGGUAACAUUGUGAUAAAAACCUCUGUUGCUUUUCAAGCUCUGGAAGUCCAUGCUGUGCCCUGCUGAAACUGAUUGAAAACCUGAUUAGCACUGUAAAGUGAAGGGCAGAGAGGGAUGCUCUGGCCUGGAAUCCCCUCUCUUUGGCAGCAGCAAAGGUCAGCCGUGCAGCCAAAACUGCAUAACCAAAGUGGACCUACCCUGUGUGUGUUGCGAGCUCUCUGCGUGGGAGAGUGGGAGGGUGGGGAGAGAGAAUUGAUUCUGGGAGGGGGGGCGACUGAAAGGAAGAGUGGAGCAAAGGGUAGUCUGAGCAUGACGACUGGGAUUUUCAGAGGGUACUCUGAUGGAUGCUGGGUAUCCAGCUUCCCUAGGACUCUUUAUCAGUAGCACCCUGUACAUCUUUAUGAGUGACUUUUAGCCUGUCUGGCAGUCCUCACAGUCGAUGUGUGAAGGAAAAGAGGUAGAAGGCAGCUUGCUCUAUUUGGCAGCUCUCGGCACCUGUAACAGGCGGGGACUGUAAUACCUCCUCGUGGCUGCUGGCUGAAGGUCUGAUCCUCUGAUGACCUGUGACUUCCUGACUACCUGUGACUCAAACAGGAUUAUAGGAUUGGGCUUAAAGAAACCCUGAGGUGCCAGACACAAAGGUGCUUUUGGAGCCAGGCUGCUCAAUAGUCCUGAGCAUGGAUAUGAGCCUGCAGUUCUUAGGAGGCAGCAUUGACUCUAUGUUCAUAUUAUCUGGGCACAAACAAUACAGAGACCUACUCUAUGUCUUAGUGCAGGCCAGCCUGCAGUGUGGGACUUCUCUGAGUCACUGUCUGUCCUGAUCUGUGUGGCAAAGCCAUGUGGCUGACCAUGAGCUGCCAUGGACCCUUCUUGCAAGAGCAGUUAUCCUGAAAGUCAACCUCAGUGCAGGAUGCCUUUAGAAAGGUGUGAAUAUGCUGCAGAAGUCUAUGGGUACCCUUCAAAUACAUGGCACACAGGUCAGAGGCUUUAGACCAUACUGUGUGCCAGCACAAACAGCAGGGAUGUUAGUAACAGGAUCACUUUGCUUUUGCUGUGAAACCUUGCUCUGGUGCUUUAUUUCAAGGAAGACAGUUGGGACUUGCAGGCCAGAUCAUGUGGUGAGAUAAGUCAUUCCAGCUCCCUUAUUGGAGCUAAGCUGAUUUGUACAAGUCUGGUCCAAUAUUUUUGAGAAAUUGUGGAUGGUAGGGUGGUUUUUUUUGUUUGUUUGUUGCACUGAAAACUUGAAGCCUUUCAAAUAAAGUACAUGAGGUAAACAGAGUUUUGAGAUAAGGAAUUGACAAUGCAGUACUUCAGGAUGUCUCCUGGAUUCUGACUUUGAGAAUACAAGUUCUUUGUAGAGAAUUCCACAUGCUGUGGGAGAAGAGGGUAUUGGGCUUGAAAGUUGACCAAGGAGAUGGGCCUCAGCUGAGCUUUGAACAGCAGUUGUUGUCCUUAUUGGUGAUGCCAUAAUAUGUGCUUGAAUCAAAACCAAUGUUGCACAGGCCAGAACCUGAUGAAACCAUGUAAUUUGGUAUUUGUGAUUGUUCCUAUCAGUGUGAUCCACUGUUAAAAAGUCUGGGAAUAUGAAUAAAAUCAGUAUUUUUUAAA